AUGCCCACGAGGGAUCAUGCUAGAAAUAGUCUGGUGAAGACUGGUGCUCAUGUUUUAGAAGAGACAGAUGACAAUUCCCCGAGAGCGACCCAUCAAGUAACGUCUUUGUAUGCGACAGCCACGCCUGUUAGAUCGCAUGACGAGUCCUAUUCACUGCCAGUUCCAUUUCACGGACGAGCCAUUGGAAACGAUGAUGCUGAAAUGGAGAACCUUUCUCUGAGCGUUCCAAUAUUAGGAGGAUCUCGAUGGCUUACUCCUCGCAUAGAGAGAAGAAACUCGGAGAGUACCCUAAGUCGAUUGAAAUCCCCGUCUAGAAAGUACAUAUCGCCCGGAAAGUGGUUUUCCAAGAGCCUGAAACGCAAAAAGCGGAAAAGACAAGUAAUUGAAGGCCCGUAUACUAUAGAAUACUCGGUAUUUCGACCCAUUCAAUACUUACCACAGAUAAAAUCAGAGGCUGAUCUUCAAGAGCAUGCUGCUAACUUCUUACUGCAAGAGAACAAUAAUGAGUUAAGUCCUGAAAACUUCAUUAAACAUGAUGAGUUCGAGAAUUUGGUUUCUGAGAUGACACAUGAUGUCGAGUUUGAUACUGAUUUGCGACCCAUGAGCAUCAGUCAGGGAUCACUGGGAAGCUAUUUCAUCUUAGGCAAGAAAGAGAAGCACGACGAUAAUUCUCUGGAGUACACUUUUGAAAUCUACAAAAGAGGGAUCUUCAAGCCCAAGGAUGAAGAGCCAUAUGGUCCUUUGUCUCCAAAAUGGUCCAAGUGGCUUCAUCGAACCUUUUUUCCGUGUUUCUUUGGUAGAGCAUGUCUAAUCCCAAACUUGGGCUACAUCAGCGAAGCAGCUGCUUGCGUCCUUGAUCGCCAACUUCUUUCCUACAUUGUCCCUCAUACGGAUAUCAUUUACUUGAAGUCCCAUGCAUUUUACUACACAUUGUGGGAGAGGUUGCGUUCGACUCCUCCCCAAUUGAAGAUAGGCUCCUUCCAAAUGUUUUUGAAUGAUUAUGUUGAAGCUCAACACUUCUUCAGUUUAUAUCCGUUGCCCACGGACAUUGAGAAACUACCAGCCAGUAAAAUAAUAUUGGUAGAGCUGGACUUACCAAUCGACGAGCUUCAGCUCACUUUCCACUGGACGAAAGAAGUACUUCUACAGUUCCAGGAGCAACUUGAAAAACUUGUAAUAUUAGACUACAUCAUGCGAAAUACAGAUCGAGGUGCUGACAAUUGGAUGAUAAAACUUGAAUGGAAAGAGCAGCCAUCAGAUGACAAAUUUAGACACAUUUAUCCCCAUCUCAAGAUUGGGGCUAUUGAUUCAGGCCUUGCAUUUCCUUGGAAGCAUCCGGAUGGCUGGCGAUCCUUCCCCUUUGGAUGGUUGUUUUUACCUUACGCGAUAAUUGGUCAACCCUUCUCAUACAAGACGAGGCAGCACUAUUUGCCGCUUCUCACCUCCAAAUAUUGGUGGGAGCAGACUAUUAUGAAACUUCGUAGCGUUUUCGAAAAGGAUGCCGACUUCAAAGAAAGGAUGUGGCGGAAGCAAGUAGCGGUAUUAAAAGGUCAAGCAUUCAAUAUUGUCGAGAUCUUGAAAUCCAGUCACGCUGGUCCUCUAGAGCUUACGAGAAGAGAAAGUUUACUCAUUUGGGACGACGAAAUGAACGUUCCUGUCCAGGUCAACAAUAGCGUCUUGAGCCAUGCUUUAGAAACAAGCAUCUACGAUGUUACUAGAGAGCCAGUUGCCAAUCGCCUCGGACACAGCGAGACUACGCCACUUCUUGAGCCUCUUAAAAAACAAAGAUCAUCAGCAGGAAGUCUAGAGAGCGCUUUUAGUGAAAGCGAACCAAUGAGAAUGUCGGGAUUUGAUUAUAAUAUUACUCGUGAAGGAGAUGAUAGGGAUGACUAUGAAAGCAUUGAAGAAACCGAUACAAAAACCGUUGUAAUUGAGCGAUUAGAAAAACUUGAUACGACUUCACCCGUCUUCACAUGGUGUUGA